UCUCUCUUCGAAAAUCAGCUCUCUUUAUUCAUUCGCAGUCGACAAUGUUGGUGUAUCUUACGUCGAUAAUGAUGGGGACGAAGUUACACUCAGUUCCGAAGAGGAACUGCAGGACUUUUACAGAUCUUCCCAUCAGCACCGUGAGCUGAUCAAGUUCACCGUCCAGGACCUCAGCACCUUGAGAUCGUCCCACGAAGUCUCCCCCAGCGCCCGCUCCGCCACACCGCAGCAGUCGAACUUCCGCAACACUUUCGGAGGCCACGAAGCGUUGCCUAUGGUAUUUGAGGUAGAGGACGAGUGGCAGCGUCUUCAUGGUGACUUUGGACGCAUAUUCAUGCCUAGGCCUGGCUCUGAGAGCCCUCAUGCAUUCGUAGAGGUCCUUGAAAGUGACAUCAGUGCUUCGAAGGGCUCCAACCAGGACGACGACUCUGUGGCAGACCGUUCCUUGAUGUCUGACCUCAUAUUCAGUACUCCUCGUGAGGAUAAAGGGAAAGGGAAAGCUCAUUCUUUCAUGCAGCCUAGCGUCUCAGACGACGUCUCGUCCACAGGCUCUGUCAUUGCUGACGAUCUUCCUUCCAAACCACCCGUUCAUGUCUUCGAUAUGAAUGAUGACGGAAUAUUCGGGAAUACGAAGUCAUCCACUCCUCCCAGUGGGGCCGUUACUCCUGCCCAAGCAGAGAGUACACCUGUUAUCUCUUCCCAGAUUCCUCUGUCUCCCCAUGAAAAAGAUUCGAAUAGUGAGAAACUUGAGGCUGAAUCAUCGGAUUCUGCCCCCGAUCCUCCCCUUCCGGAUUUACCUCCUGCAGCCAGCAAUGUUUCUCUAUCCAACGAUAUUGCCACAGUGUUAAACACCAUCUCUGCUGUUGUUGCAUCGCACCCAGAGUUAUCAGAGGGUAUUCGUAACGUUGUCAACAAUGCUACCAAUGGGACGUACUGGUCUGCGCACCGUGAGGCCCUUUCUCGGGCGGCUGGGGAUUUUCAGCGUACCGCUGC